AUGGAUUAAAAUUCACUCAUGUAAGCCCUCUUAUUAUCCAAACCAGAUAAAAUAAAGGAAAAAAAAAGUGGAAAAAAAAAGAGAGAUUUUCAAGCUUAAACGAAGGAAGAAGCCAUCCUCCAAUUAGAAGAUCGAUUCACCCAAACCACUGUAAAACCUCGAAAAGAAAAAUCUACGGUAGAAAUCUAGGGUUUGAUUGAUCCAAUUUUCUUCAAUUUUUUAUUUGAUUUUUCCUCUUCAACGAUCAUCAUGAACUGCGAAGUCUGCCAACUCAAAGAACUGGAGGUGGAGCACUUCGAAAUACGAGAGGUUUUGCGCUGCAUUUUACACACAAUAGUGUUUCAUAGAGCUUUGGGUCUAGUUCGGCCCAAAGAUGUUGAUUUGGAGCUCUUUGAGAUUACUUAUGUGCAAUGUGGGGUUGUUGAACUUGAGAAGAAAAUAGAUGAGAAGAUUGAACAUUUUGUAAGUUGGGUAGAAAAACAUCCCAAUAAGAAAAGUCAGAUAUGCAUAUCCUUUUAUGAGGUGAAAAGCAAGCCGCCAUCUUGGUUCUCUAACAAAACCGAGCGCCUAUUUUGGGAACAAUGGUAUGUCAAUUUGAAUGUUACUCAACACCCGAAACCACAUUCGGGCAAAUCUCAUCAUACCAAAGUGGUCGUUGACCCAGGAGAGAGUGCUUCUGAGGAGAGAGGUUCGCGCAGAGUAGCACUUGAAGUAUCUCUUCGAGAGGUCAUGUUUCAAAUAAUAAAGUUUGUUAAUGAGAAGAAGGACCAUGUUCCCCCCAUAUCUGAGGGUGUCAUCUAUUUUCCACAUGAAAUUACUGUACCAAGGAAAUUUCAAUGAAGAACAUGUUUAGAAUGGUGAGUUAAUAUUGUGCUGCCAUUACUCAGUUCAUCAGAUUCUGCUUUUGGAAUGGACAUGAUCAAGAGGAUGCUUCAGACUGGGCAUCCAACCAUGCUCAGCUGAUUAUCAGACUAGGCAAGCUAAUUCACUCCCUAAAUCUCUUUCGGGGUAAAACAGUUCCUCUACUCGUGAUAUACAUAAAUGCUCAAAUUAAACAUGUAGCAAAGUGCAGAACUGAUGAAAGCCAAUGAGGCAGGCAAGGUUUGAAUAUCUGAAGAUAUAAUAGCUAGGUGCAUAAUUGAAUCCAUUAUCUUGUAAAUAUUAUCUCAUUUACAUCCUUUUCCUUUUCUUGAGAUGUUAUCAGUUGCUGUAUGAUAUUCUUACUUCUUGGGUGAACUACUCAGCAGAAUCAUGCAUUCAUGCUCAUGCUGUCUCCUUGAGCAAAAAUGAUUACCUGAUUUCUGGUGCAGCUAUAUGAAUAUAUAAUUAUGAAGGAAUGAUUUUAUUUUAUA